ACAUAGGGCUAAGAUGCGUCGUCUUAAACCACCAAAAGACUCACACACUCACACACCGCGAGUUUUGUGGCGGCUUCUCUCUGCCGCGCCAUAACGUCCCUCCCGAGAUGGAAUCGAGUAGGAUUCUGUACCUAUGCGGCUAUGCCUCAUACCUGGUCUUUCCAUCCAUCAUUGGAACUACCAGUCGCCAAUGCCACUAGAUACACGAUAGACUAUCUGGUAAGUCUCCGCGCCCUGACACCUAAACUCCGCCUGGACAGACCAUGUUUGACAAGCACUCACAAUGGCAUUCCCCGGCCCCAGUAACGGGUGUUUCGUCCUCACCUGGCCAGUGGCUGGUCAUCGUUCACUAGCAAAAGGACAUGUCGCUGCCGUGGAUUUGGGUCUUGGGGUCGCCAUGGCUCGCUCUGUGGCGAGCUUUACAGGGCGAGCUUUCAACAUUCUGAUACAGAGGCACCCUUGUCGCUCAAGGUGGUGCUUGGCAGAUCUAGAUGCUCCACGUCAACCGCCCCCACCCCCUCCCCGGACAACGACCGAAAUCUUCUCUUGGGGGUUGAGGAAUAGUCUCCGACCCAAUCAACGGACGAGCUCUAUUGCUCGUGUAGUUGAAGCGUGGUUAGAUUGGCUUCUCUUGCGCGCGCGGGCGGGCGCGCAGAAUGAGUCCCGAACGGGAGAUAGCUAUCCAGGUGUACCAGGCAAUAGAGUUGACACUGGCGGCAUUUGCUACGUUUGAAGGAUCAUCGGCAACGACCCUGCGCCUCACAGGUGU